CGACGGUUCGCGUCUUAGGAUCGGGUCGCCUCUUUUCUGCUGGGGAAGGUUUCAUGGACCCUCCACAGCUGGCCAGAGGACGGGCGAAGCGUUUCUCGUCGCGGCACCGCUAGGCUGAGCCAAGGCCUGCCUCUCGAAUGCCUGCCUGCCGCGCAGUUGCCCAGAGCACGGAAGCCCUCACCGGGGUGGGGAAGGUGGAGAUAUGCAUACUUGAACAUAUAGAAAUGCAUAUGUAAUAACGUGCUUUUGGGAGGGGGGUGCAACCUGCCCAUCUCUCACUUUUAAAACAAUCAAAAUCCAAGUUUAGAGAGACUAGUAAAAAAUAGAUAAAUGGUGAGGUGGGCAACAGACAGCAAACCCUUAAGUGCAACUUUCUUGGAUAACAUUCGCUAUUAAGGGCAGUUCUGAAUUCAUUGUGGAACAGAUAAGCAUAUGUCAAAAACUACUUACAAUGUGGUACCUUUAGUGCAAGUGCUGAGAACUGUGUACCUGAAGACUAAACUGCUGUCCCCAGGAUGAUGGAGCUGGAUAGAAUUAAGAAGUCCGGGUUCCGCUGCCUUCGGGAUGUUGAAGUAGAUGUGAACAAUGUCCUGCUGUGGAAGGGACUUCUAGUGCCGGAUGACCCCCCAUACAACAAAGGCGCCUUCCGGAUUGAGAUCAGCUUUCCAAGCGAGUACCCCCUCAAGCCUCCCAAGGUCACUUUCAAGACUCCGAUCUACCACCCCAAUGUGGAUGAGAAGGGCCAGGUGUGCUUGCCGAUUGUCAGCAAUGAGAACUGGAGACCUUCCACCAAGGCAGACCAAGUGAUUGCAGAACUGAUAGUGCUGGUGAAUAAACCUGACCCAGACAACCCAUUGCGCGCUGACUUGGCCGACGAGUUUAUCCAGGACCACGAGCGCUUUUUGUCCAAAGCUGAAGAGCAGACCAGCAAAUUCAGUGAGAAGCGGCCAUGCGAGUGACCUGUUGCCCUCCUGAA